CCCCCGCGCUCUGCUCAAUCCCAUCCUCCAUUUAUCGCCCACUUGUCCCUUCGUUUGCCAUUGGCGGCUGCAUUGAGCUUGGUUUGAUUGCCCGAUUGUAUCAAUCUCUUACCGAACUCCUGGAUCCGCUGUGAGCGCCUUCGUUAUUAAGCAGAGUCGGCUGCACGGCGUACAAACAUCGUAUUAUUGCAGCGGGAGUCGGCUUGGUGGGGGACUGAGGUGCGAGGUGGAUUCAAUUUGCAGGAGCGUGCAUUAGCUUGAUGCGACUUCUUUUCCCCUUCCUCUGAGUCGCAGGAGUUAUCAAUUGCUGUGGAUAUGGGGAUUACUGUGGCUGUGAAAGUGGACCAACUCCCGAUUGCGAACGCCCUGUUAGUUGCCCCAGUGCUGGAUAAGUCACGAACUUUGCUGGUGCCCAACUUGAAUUUUCAUGGAACUGUCCAAGAAACCAUAAAUGCUUUCAUUCAGAGAAACUUGUCCAUUCCAGAGGAGUGUCAGCUUCUUUCUGCACCCUUCUUCACCCACUUAAGUGAGAAGGAUAGUGUGGAAGACAUUUAUAAGAGAUAUACCUGUCAGGCUGACUACGAAAUUUCCGAAUUGCACUUAGAUGAGGAUACAUUUGAGAUGUACGGACGAGAAGGGGGUCGAGUUGUAGAUCUUGUUGGUGACAAGCGGUUGGAGGAGUAUCAUAUUCUGGACAGGAGCACCCUUCAUCUGAGAAGGCUUCCUCGCCCUCUGUCUGAAGACGGCGGACGGGUGUUCGUCGAAACUGAAGAUGGAAUCAUUCCAUUGCUCGGAGUAUCACCACUCACCUCGAUAUCCGAUAUCAAGCAUCGUUUGGAAGAAUUGACUGCUAUACCCGUCUCGCAUCAGCUUCUAUCGUGUUUAGGACGCGUUAUGCAUGACGAAUUCUUAAUAAGAGACUUCAAUGGGCUGCAUAAGAUCCACGAAGACUCUGUGAUUGACCUCUGCAAAACAGAUGACAAGUACACCGAGAAAAUGCACAGACGUAUGGUCGUACACGUAAACGUCGUUGGUGAAGAAGAAUUCUCCAUUACCGUUCACGGACGUGACACUGUUCUCUCAAUUCUUAAAUGUGUGGAGUCUCGCAUUGGCAUUGUACCAUCCCAGCAAAAGAUCAGUUAUUCAGGAAAACUUCUACAAGAGAAGAAAACACUUGGAAGCUACCUUAUUGAACCAGACAGUGUACUAACUGUUACCAUGUCCAAGUGCGCUGGUAAUCUUGCUAAGAAAUCUACCUCCUGCGAUAACAAAGAAGAUCUCCCAAAGGAAGGCUCUGGGCAGAAACCAAACGCGACUAAAUUGAAGCUGAUGCGGACAAGUAAAGGACAGGUUAAAGGUACCCUAACUAUUCCAGUCAUUUCCUCGGAUACAGUUGCCGACCUACAGCGAAAGCUUAAACGCACUCUUGCACCGCUGGUUGAACAUAAUCUGUCUGAGGCCCCAGCGGAAAAACAGGAACCGUAUGGAGAUACCAUGAUGAGAUGUCCACGGAAAAACCCUCUGAGAGCUCCACCCAGUAACCCAUUCAUUAACCACAUAGCCAAACUGAGGAAUUUAGAUGAUCGCAAACCUUCUUCAGAGACAACGCACGUGCGUUCUCGAUCCCUCUCCUUCUCUAAACUUCUGGAUCUCAAUUCCAAUGUCCUGACUCCCCAACAGUCACCUAUCAAACCUCCGUUUUCACCAGGAGGCUCCAAGAGCGGUUUAUUACCACCCCAGAAACCUCUUGAAGUUAUUUCAAGUGAAACCAUUGAACCUUCUGCAGCCAAGAAACUUGAUUUCGACAAAGAGUCCAAGGAAGAGGUGCUGUCAGCGAAAAUAUGCUCUAAUGACUUGAAUGGGUCUUCAUGCCGAGAUUUGAUGCCUGAGCUUCUGAGUCUACCUGACCCCAAGGAUCAGUCUCUCAAAGUGAUCGUAGAGAAAAAACCAUCAUGGCAAUCGCGUUACGCGGAUGAGAACGCUCCCAACUCAGGAGGCAGGUUCAGCAACGUCCAGAAUAAGAUCGACAAUAAACUGGGUGCCAUCAAGAACAUUGACAAGAAGGCGGUUAAGAAUUGGUUCAACACCAACAUGGAGUCAUUCAAAGUCCACAUGAAAAACCUCGCUGAUGGUUAGCACCGGGCUUGGUCAAUUUUCUCGCCAACUAUUGGUUCCCUAUACGUUGCAAGUGACAUAUUGUAUAACGCGGGGAAGGGCUGCCUGUGUGGCAUCUAACUUGACUCACAGAGUAGAACUUACAUUAGCAUCACAGUAGACGUACACCUAGAUGUUACUGGCGACAUUGAUUGGAUACUUCUCGUAUCAGAUUGAGAUCGGUAUAUCAUCCAGCCUGUUAAACCAUUUAAUGGGAAGUCGAUGGUAUAUUCGGUGCAGGUCAUUAAAGGCAUGUAUAUUGGUCAAAAGGGCGAAUGAAUUAUUCCACUUUCUACCUAUAGCCGACGUUGACACUA